CACCACCAAGCCCAUUUGCGGCAACUCUUGAGAUUUCAACCGGAAAAUCGCCGUCGCCGUCACAUGAGCCAAAACCUCUGAGAUUAUUAUCAGCAAACCCUACCCCUAAAUUUCUCCCUCCGCCAUUAAUAUUGCUUGAUUUGCUCGCUUCCAAUGGAUCUUCCCACCAACCCUUGCCACAGCCCUCUUCACACGCAUAACGAUGAAUCCCCACCUGCCGCCGCCAACGGCGGAGCACACAAGAAGAGGAAGAACGGCCACCAGCAGCAGCUUCGCCAAUCCCACCCGCCGCCUUUGCAGCUGGUGGCCUACAAAGAAUGUCUCAAGAAUCACGCCGCCGGCAUCGGGGGCCAUGCCGUGGACGGCUGUGGAGAGUUCAUGCCCUCCCCCGCCGCACACGCAUCCGACCCCAGCUCGAUCAAGUGCGCCGCGUGCGGUUGCCACCGUAACUUCCACCGUCGCGAAGACGAACCCUCCCCCGCCCAGUUCCUAAUUGACUUCCGUCCGCUUCCCCUUCCGCCGCCUCCCCCUCGACGGAGCUCGCCGUUGUCCUCGCCCUCGCCGCCGCAGCCUCGCACGUUGCUGGCUCUCGGCACCGGGGUCUCCGAGGAGCUCCCGACCCCCCCGGUGGCGAUGCCGGGCACCCCGACGUCGACUAGGAAGCGGUUCCGAACCAAAUUCAGCCUGGAGCAGAAGGAGAAGAUGUUGUCCUUCUCGGAGAAGCUGGGCUGGAAGAUCCCGAAGUCCGACGAUGCGAUGGUGGAAGAGUUCUGCAACGAAGUCGGCGUCGGAAAAGGCGUUCUCAAGGUCUGGAUGCAUAACAAUAAGCACACUUUUCUCCGGAAAGACAUCGGCGCCGCCAUUGGCAAUGGUAAUGUCAAAGCACUAAAUGAGAACAGUAAUGAUGGGUCUCCUUCUUCUGCUUGAUCCAGCAGAAAGAAGACUGCUUUCUUCUUCUUCUUCCCAUUAAUUUGCUUUCAUCUCUGCCUUCAUAUCAUAAAAUCAACUUAGUUUAAUUACCGAUCUAAGAAUUAAUGAUCAGUCUCUGAAGAUCAAACCUGAGGAGAUGAUCAUCAUCAUCAUCACCAAACUAUAAUUACUACUUAAUUAACCCUUCAAUUAAUGAUUGUCUAUUUAAUUAAUUAACUGGGAUUGAUUUCCCUAAUUAAUCUCUUCUUAAUUUCAGUUGUUGUAUUUGAAUAGUUUGCAACAACUUUGACCUUCUGCUACCCUCUAGUGCCUUCCUGUUGGUGCAAACACAAAUUUUAUAAUAAGACUAAUCUUAUGACCAUAUACCUGAUCACGAUAUCAUCUUUUAUAUUUUUAUUAGAGAAUAUAGUAAAUAAAUAAAAUAAUAACACAUAAUCUACUUAAUUUUUCUUUCAAUAUAACUCACGAUACUGUUAUUAGUCAUAAGUUAUAAUAUUAUUUUUAUAAUAAUAAAAAUAUAUAAUUUAUUAAUACAAAGUGUUAUCUCUAUCCAUAUAAUUUUAUAAUAAUUAUGAUUUAUUUUAAUAUAUAUAUAAUUAGAAAAUAUAUAUAUAUUGUGGGUUGAGAAGGGAUUAUGUAAUAGUAGAAGGUGAAUGGUGUGAAUAUUAAAAGGAAGGAAAUGAUGAGAAUCAAACAUAGCAAUCAAAGGAGUUUUGAUAUGUUAUCUUGUAAUCUGAACUUUAAAGGCAAGGCAAGGCAAGCAGCAGGCUCAGGCCAUUGUUGGUGUGUACUAAUAUAAUAAUAAUAUAUUAUUAUAUUAUAUUAUAUACAUAUACAUAGAUAAUAAUGAUAUGGUGGACUGCAUCCAUAAACCACCACCUUUCCUCAUUUGGUAGGUCGAUUCCGGCGGCGGCCUUCGGUUUCUUUUUCUUCGACAAUCUAUGAAGCAUUACCCUACAUAAUAUAUAUAUAUAUAUAUAUAUAGAAGGGGGCGGUG